UUCUGGACGGCCGCUUCGCUGUUCCCCACGCGCACUUCUCCAAAUGUAGCCGCGACAAACCCGAGGCACCCUUUCGACUUCUCCAAGUCGCCCUCUACUCCUCAAUUCCCCUCUCCUCCUGUUCAUUUUCCUUGAUCGAUGGCUCCGAUUCCAUUGAAGCGGUCGGCCAGCUCCGCACAGAGCCUGACCCGUGGCGGCGCCCCAGAGGCGUGCGGCCUAGUCCGGGAGGCCGUCCGCGCCAGCGCCGCCGCCAGCCUCGCCUCACCCCCGCUCGUGCCCACCCCGCCGCAGCCUCAGCCUCAGAAGCAGACCGAUCGGGUCCAGGCUGAGGUCAGGUUCGGGCCGCCCGUAGAGGGACUCGCCCUCGAUGCGGCGCCGGCUCCCGGGGUCCUCUGCUGGGAGGAAAUCGACGGGAGGAGAUGGAGCUACGUGGUGGACGUCGACGGUACCCCCGGAAGGGCACGCAGGGGCUCGUCUGUCCGGGCCGUGCCGAUGCAGAGCCCGGUGGCUCCGUUGGAGGAGUUGAUGUCAUUCGUGAGAUCGUAUGUAGUACCUGAAGGCUUUCCUGAUAGUGUUACCCCUUCGUAUGUUCCAUAUAUGACUUGGAGAGCUCUAAAGCAUUUCUUUGGUGGAGCCAUGGGUGUUUUUACAACACAGACGCUGUUGAGCUCUGUUGGAGUAUCCAAAAAUAAAACUACACCAGGUGCUGUUGCCAUUAAUUGGAUACUCAAGGAUGGAGCCGGGCGUGUUGGCAAAAUGCUCUUUGCACGACAAGGAAAGAAAUUUGACUAUGAUCUGAAGCAGCUUCGCUUUGCGGGUGAUCUUUUAAUGGAGUUAGGUGCUGGAGUAGAGUUAGCAACUGCUACUGUUCCGCACCUUUUCUUGCCAUUGGCUUGUGCAGCUAAUGUGGUGAAGAACGUUGCUGCUGUGACAUCAACAUCGACACGUACUCCAAUCUACAAGGCCUAUGCCAGAGGAGAAAAUAUUGGAGAUGUCACUGCUAAAGGAGAAUGUGUUGGCAAUAUUGCUGAUCUGUUGGGAACCGGACUCAGCAUCUUGAUUUCAAAAAGGAAUCCAUCUUUGGUGGCUUCAUUCGCAUUCCUGUCAUGCGGAUAUGUUUUUAGCGCAUAUCAAGAGGUCAAAUCAGUUGUGUUGAAUACAUUAAACAGGGCAAGAUUCACUGUGGCCGUGGAAUCCUUCAUCAAGACUGGGCAUGUUCCAUCACUGAAGGAAGGAAACUCUAAGGAAAGUAUAUUUCGUCCUCCAUGGUCGAAACAUACACCAGUAGUUAUAGGCCCAAGAUUUUGUGAUGCAUUCCAGGAGCCAUCCUCGUUUUUUGCCAUACAACCCUUGUUCGAGAAAGAGAGAUACAUGGUUACCUACAACCCUUCAAAGGAUAAAAUAUAUGCAUUAUUGAAGGAUCAAGCAAAAUCAGAUGAUAUAUUGAAAGCAGCAUUUCAUGCUCAUGUCCUUCUAUAUUUCAUCCGUUUGUCAAGUUCAAAUCAAGCUUUGAGAAAGCUGAUGAACUCUAACCAAUCAACAUAUGGAGUACCCUUACUUCCUACAAAUGCUGACUUCCUUGCUCAUAUGGAAGAGUCUUGCAAGAUUGUUUCAUCUUCAUAUGCGAUGUUCAAGAGAAAAGCAGCAGAGCAGGGGUGGAUAAUGUCGGAGUCAUUGCUGAACCCUGGCAGAGCUCGGCUACUAAGCACCAAAGAACUUUGAUCUUUGACCAUCAUUCAGAAAUUCGACAUUCAUUUCGUGGAUGCUCAUCAUUAAGAUUCUGCAGUGAAAACUCAUGGUAAAAUCAUGCUUCAUGUCACAUCUAACACUUGUACUAAGCGAGUGGAAGUAAACACUGCAGCAACUGCAGAGUAUACCAUUCUAUCAUCUAUAUCGGGUACGAAGAUAUCUCAACAUGAAGUGAUGGAAUUUCGAUUUUUACUAGCUCUUGGACAUGCUGUCUCAUACAAAUUAUAGAACCCAACUUUCAUCUGAAAAAAUUUUGGUCUUUCAUAGUUGCAAGCUUCUCACUCUUGCACGUGAUAUGGAUGGGUAAAUGUUCAAUGCAAGCCUUUUCUUUGUGGAUUUCUGGGCCUUGUCUUUCGGACUGGGAUUUAGUAUUAUUCAUCUUAAUGUUGUAAAUACCUUUAUAUCAUUAUUCAGCAAUUUUAUCUUGUAACAUAAUAUGUAUUAGGUGCAAGACGCUAAAAUGUGGUUCAGAGGUUACGUGAAGGGUUUGACACAGAUUUUGCAGCCUCAUAAAAGCUCUCCGAUAAAGAUAGAUUUUGUUGCUCAGUAUGUA